UUUAACUCAGCCCUAACCGACGAUUCUGAAGCGGAAGAUGAGAAGUUGAGAAAUAAUCGCUAUGAUCAAUUAUGGAUAAAAUUGCCCAUGUAACAAAAGUUGAAUAUGAGCCAUGAAUCUGGAGUGUUGAAUUCCAGAUGCAAAGAUUGUUGAAGUCGGCAGGUGUCCAUUGCCUUCGGACUGGGCUGAUUUAUUGCAUACAGUCCCAUAAUCAUCAUCAAGAAGAGCGUGAAAGCAUCUCAUUCCCCAGCUUAUAAAACUUUUGUGAACAAUAUAGUUUUCUCCCUUUUCUAUAGAAUAGAAUCGUAAACAUUGUUUAUACGGCGGAUAUUAGCCUACCCUUCGGGGACGUGUCCGUUUGGUUCCCGCGUUGAGUAUGUAGUUAGUACACAGGGACUCUGCAAAAUUGCACAGCAGUAGGCCUCGGCAAAAAUCCAUAUUGUUAUCCACCGCGGGGCAGCUACAAAUAAUGGAUUAAAUAAUCCGCUCUUAUCUCUACGUCUGUGCCAUGUUAAAUACAUUUUAGAUUUAUGUAAAUCAAUUCGAUUCUAAUAAUGGUGAGGCUUUGAAUUCGAUUAUCGAAAGCAAAAUAAAAAACAAAGUGAGAAAUAUAUCGCAAUCCAGCAAGGAGACGAGGCUGUAAAUAGUCCCACCAUCCCUCGGCAAGAAGGAAAACAGAAAAGAAUAUACGGUGGUAUUAAGAACCGAGAAGAAAGAAAGAUAAACAUGACCAACCUCCCCUCCCCUCCCUUCCACUCCGCGGAUGGCAUUGCCAACCUCCGUGACCUGGGCGGCUACGCAAUUUCGCCUACUACCUCCGUGCGGCGCAACUUCAUUUUCCGCUGCGCUACUCUGUCCAACACCACACCCGAAGGUGCAAACUACCUUACCAGUAAACUCGGCAUAACUACCAUCUACGACUUCCGCUCUAUCCCCGAGUGCGAGCGCUCCCCCUCAAUCGACAUACCCGGAACAACCCGCCGCCACGUCCCCGUUUUCAAAGACCAGGAUGCAAGUCCCGAAGGCCUUGCGUUGCGCUAUAUGGACUAUGCCUCCUCUGACGGACCGCAAGGAUUCAUGCGCGCGUAUGCAGAGAUACUGAGGGCGGGCGCUGCGGGGGGAGCGUUCCGUGCUGUGUUUGAACAUAUCCGCGACAGGCCUGAGGAGCCGUUGUUGUUCCAUUGUUCGGCCGGAAAGGACAGGACGGGUGUAUGCGCCGCGCUGAUUUUGCGGAUCGCCGGGCUUCUGGAUGAUGAGGUUAUUGGGCGAGAGUAUGAGCUCACUGAGGCUGGGUUGGGUGAGUUGCGACAACAGUCUAUUGAUAGGGUGUUGGCUCAUCUAGCUUUUGAUGGUGAUAGGGAGGGGGCGGAGAGGAUGGUUUCAGCAAAGGCGGCGGCGAUCAUGGCGACAAUGAAGUGGGUGGAUGAGAAAUAUGCUGGGGCGGAGGGGUAUUUGAAGAACGGGAUGGGAUUUAGUGAUCAGGAUAUUGCGGCAAUAAGGAAGAAUUUGAUAAAACAAGAGAAGGCGAUCCUUUGAAUGUAUACAGUUUUGGGAAAUGUGAUGACUCACAACAAGAUACGAAUGCGGGCUUAUAGAUGAGAUAGAAAGACAAAGAUAGAAGUCUAUGUUGUACAUAUAUAUACAACAGGCAUGAGAUACCCGGAACAGAAUAACCUGAGCAGGGAGAACGAAUCCCUGGCGUCCAGCGUCAUUGAUGAAUUCCCGUGUCAGCAACAUAAUCGAAGUGAAAAUCACCAGUUCUCCCAAAUAACGUGAGGGAGAACUGUCCUCAUAAUACUCCAAUGGCCAGCAGCGCUUUGAGAAUGCCACCUUACCAAG